AUGCCCCUCCCGCGGCUCCUUCUGUGCGUGUCCGUGUCCGUGUGCGCGUUCCCGCCGGGAUCCUCCGCGAAGCCCACGGAGCGCAAGGAGCGGGUGCACCAGGAGGCGCCGCUGAGCGCGCGGGCGCACGACGACGCCAAGAGCUUCGACUACGACCACGACGCCUUCCUGGGCGCCGACGAGGCCAAGAGCUUCGAGCAGCUCACGCCGGAGGAGAGCAAGGAGCGCCUGGGAAUGAUUGUAGCUAAGAUAGACACGGAUAAGGAUGGGUUUGUGACGGAGGGGGAGCUCAAAGCCUGGAUUAAGAAGGCCCAGAAGAAAUACGUGUAUGACAGUGUUGAGCGGCAGUGGCAGGACUUUGACCUGAACCGAGACGGCCUGGUGUCCUGGGAUGAGUACAGAAACGUGACAUAUGGCACUUACCUCGCCCCCCCCCGAAACGCGGCGGCCACAGGCCUCAACUACCGGCAGAUGAUGGUGCGGGACGAGCGGCGCUUCCGGCGCGCCGACGCGGACGGGGACCUGGCGGCCACCAAGGAGGAGUUCACGGCCUUCCUGCACCCCGAGGAGUACGAGCACAUGAAGGACAUCGUGGUGCAGGAGACCAUGGAGGACAUCGACAAGAACGGGGACGGCUUCAUCGACCUGGAGGAGUACAUCGGUGACAUGUACAGCCACGACGGCGACACGGACGAGCCCGAGUGGGUGAAGACGGAGCGGGAGCAGUUUGUGGAAUUCCGGGAUAAGAACCGGGACGGCAAAAUGGACCAGGAGGAGACCAAGGACUGGAUCCUGCCCACGGAUUACGACCACGCCGAGGCCGAGGCCCGGCACCUGGUCUACGAGUCCGACCAGGACAAG